GUAACACGGACGAACGAAUCGAACGGAACGGGGUUGCCUGUCGACAGGAGCUAGUGGUGACACGCUAGAAUUUGGUACGUACCCUUUGCGAUCAAAUGGUUGCGCAAGCUGGUUGUGGAUGCUAGAGUUGGAUUGUGCCUUUGAUGCCAAUUUGUUCUAAUGCAAUGGUGUUCUGUAGUCUUGCUCUUGGUUUCUCGUUAUCUCGGGCAUUUCUUUCUCUCCCCGCGUGAAUUUUCAAUUUUCAAACACGCACCCAGCCUCGCCCCCUCCAGGACCGCAUUGGAACCGCAUCGCCGUUUUUCGUGUCAACACUAUUCUUUCUCCUGGCGCAGCACGCCACCCCUCAUUUUUUCGUCUUCAACCUGGACCGGUAGCGCAUGGAAAACCCGAAAUUCGCGUGCACAGCCCAAGGAAAUAUAUGCGGUGCAAUGCAUGGAGCGCGCGAAAGGUCGGCAUGGGGUUUUCUUUCUCCGGUUCGCGAUCUCGAUGAUGAUGAUGAUUCAUUCUUUCUUCCUUCCAUGACUAACGGUUGUUCUGUUCUGAAAGCCCAACGCAUUUUCAUUGGGUUUCCUCCCUAAAUUAUCUAGAAGAAGAAUUUAAUCGCUUGUGUUGGGUUUGGGGGGCGAAAAAGAAGCAUUUUGAUUGGUCAUCUUCAUUUCCCGAGAAGAAGUUUGAUUGGUUAGAAAGUUGACAUUCUUCUUCUGUAGGUUCGAAUGUGCAAGCUGCUCAUGAUGAUUCGUUAGUUUCGUCAUUGUUGACUGUUUCUCAAGCUUUUACCGUAUGUUGUUCGUGUCUUUUCGAGCAAUGCCAUGGAAUACUGGCAUACCGUACAGUUCUCUUUGACUCGCGGCGGCACGGGAGAGGUGAUCGGCUUUGACGCGGUAUGUUGUCGGUUUGUUGCCACCGGAAGAAGUUGCUUCCGAUCGCUUCCAGUCGCAGUCACGGGGAAUACGGUAGAAAUUAGAAAUUCGAAUCGGUUUUAGGAGGAAAAAUAAAUUAUCAUACCGAUACCAGCAGUAAAGAAGUACUAGUAGCAGUAGACGUAUGCAAGAGACUUGCACACAC